CUUCUGUGUUAAUUUCCAGUUGAUUUGCAGUAUUAAACACAAAAUAUUUUUAUAAAUGUAUCGUAUGUUCGGUGGCAAGGAGCCAGAGUCAGCCGGCUAUCUUCAGGAACCCUUGACUCUGAGGGAAGAGUUCCGCUGCCGCAGAUUCGGGCUAGGUCAUCCCACUCCCUCAGAUUUUUUACGAUCCCAAUGGCAAACAAAGCCCAAAUCUUCUAUUUUCUUGGCCUAUCGGUGGUUGCUGGGCGGAUUUUUUAACGCGGGCUUGGUCACCUAUAUUAUUCUGUACUACCGUAGCGGAACUGUUUUCAUCUACUUGACCAACUGGGGAUUUAUCCUGUGCGGCAUCACCAGCCUUACAGGAGCCAUACUGGUGACUGCCUAUCACUGCAAGCCGGAAUCGUGGAAUCCCCCUGGUUGCGUGGUCAAGACCUAUUGGGCCUGCUAUUGGACCACUUUAACAAUUGAGUAUUUGAUCGCAAUUACCUAUUGGACAGCCAUUUAUCCCGACGAUCGGAUGCCAAUUAAUCCGACCCGAGUUUCAGAUUUCUACAACAUAUUUAUACACCUUCUGCCCCCGAUUCUCUUCACCGUCGACCACUUUAUAGUGGCGCAGCCCGCCCGCCUGCUGCAUUUUGUGUAUCCCAUGAUAUUUGGUUUUUCCUAUGGACUAUUCGCUCUAACCUACUAUGAGCUGGGUGGUCUAAACUACAACGGGAACUCCUAUAUAUACACAUUUCUGGACUUUGAAAAACCGACGAUGGUGCUGGUCACGGUGUCAAUGGUAACUUUGGCGGCUGUCUUCCUGUCCGCCCUGCAAUAUGGAGUCUAUCGGCUGAGGACUUUCGUAGCACGCAAGAGGGGGAAACUUCUGUGAUGUUGUGCUGUUCCCCUAAUAAUUGCAUUAAGUGAAGCGUGCCAAAACUUAAAAACUAAGCAUGCAGACAGCAAAAGGGGAGAUGGCUCUACCAACGAUGAGAUACCCUCUAGAAGUCAUUAUAUUUAUAUUCAAGACUUGCACAACUAUUUUUGAAAUAUUUUUAAAUCUUUACCCUUGUGAAGAGAGUGUUCCGGCUAAGGACAAUCAACUUUGGCCGCUGGAAAGCACUGGGCAUAGUAGAGACCACAGCAAAAAAGGAGGGAUGUCAAAACAAAUUCAGCUUAUUUGUCCUCUGAUAUGUCGGACUUGUUUUGUUGUUUACGCCGCUCGCACGUGUUUGGAAAAUUAAAAGCACUGCCUCGGAUGCUGCA